UCCUCGCCCAUCUUCAAGCUCCUAGUCGAAAGAGAAACCUCUAUCAAACCAACCAUUUCCCAUUGGACGCAACACCACAUCGGCGCAUCGCGAUCCGUCGCGACAACAACACCAUAAAGAUGCCGAAGUUCUUCUGCGACUACUGCGAUGUCUACCUCACGCACGACUCCAUGAGCGUGCGCAAGGCCCACAACAGCGGCCGCAACCACCUGCGCAACGUCGUGGAUUACUACCAACAAAUCGGCCACGAAAAAGCCCAAUCGGUAAUCGACUCUAUCACGGCGUCCUACACAGCCGAAGGCCAGGCCCACGCCAACCCGAUGCUCCCGCACAACCAGCCCGGCGGCGGCAACUUCGGCCUCGGCCCAGGCGGCAUGCCGCCGCCGCCCAUGCCCGGCUUCCCCGGCGGGCCACCCCCUCCUUUCCCCGGCGGGAUGCCGCCUCCCUUCCCGAUCCCGGGCAUGCCGGGCAUGCCAGUCCCGCCACCAUUCCCCGCUCCGCCAGGCGCCAGCCCCGUCGGUGCUGGUGGUGGGUUCCCGCCGCCGCCCUUCCCGCCCUCGGCCAGCCCCGCCGGGGCAGCAGGAGCGCCGCCUUUCCCGAUCCCGCCCUUCCCGCCUGGUGGUCGCGGUGCUGGUAAUGGGGCGCCGCUUCCGCCCUUUCCGGGUGCGUUCCCGCCGCCUGGUGCGCCCGGUGGCCUGCCUUUCCCGCCGCCUCCUGGUGGCGCCGGGUUCCCUCCGUUUCCGCCGCCGCCUGGGGGGUUUCCUGGUGGGCCUCCGGGGCAGGGCGACAAGCGAUAGGCUCUUUGGGCGUUGAUGGGGGUACGGAGUGCGAAGCUGGGUUGGGG